UGGACAGAGAGGAACCAAAAUAUUUGCUUUGGGGACACUUGCCGUUCACAUAAUUGACGUCACUUCCUGUGAUCCACAAUUUAAAAAAUAUUGUCCUUCUCAGUAAUGGCGGCUUCCUUCCCUUCUCCUUCUGCAAUAAACAACAACAAAUGGUACUUCACCCGAGAACAGAUCGAGAAUAGCCCGUCUCGCCGUGCGGGGCUUGAUCCAGACAAAGAAUUGUCCUACAGACAACAAGCUGCGAACCUUCUACAGGACAUGGGACAACGACUUAAUGUGUCCCAGCUAACAAUUAAUACUGCCAUUGUGUAUAUGCACCGAUUCUACAUGGUCCAGUCAUUCACCAGGUUCCACAGAAAUGUCAUAGCUCCAGCAACACUAUUCCUGGCUGCAAAGGUUGAGGAGCAGCCCCGCAAGUUGGAGCAUGUUAUCAAGGUGACCCAUGCAUGCCUCAACCCUCAGGACCCUUCACCGGAUGUCCGCAGUGAUGCUUACCUGCAACAAGCCCAAGACCUGGUCAUUCUUGAGAGCAUUAUACUCCAGACCCUGGCCUUUGAAAUCACCAUUGACCACCCACAUACUCAUGUUGUCAAGUGCACCCAGCUAGUCAGAGUUGUUCCAGCGAGUAAGGAUUUGGCCCAGACAUCAUACUUCAUGGCUACCAACAGUCUACACCUAACCACAUUCUGCCUGCAACACAGCCCGCCCAUCGUGGCCUGCGUUUGCAUCCACCUGGCCUGCAAGUGGUCCAACUGGGAGAUCCCAGUCUCCACAGACAGCAAGCACUGGUGGGAGUAUGUGGACAAUACUGUCACCCUCGAGCUGCUGGAUGAGCUCACCCACGAGUUCCUGCAGAUCUUGGAGAAGACACCAAGCCGACUAAAACGCAUUCGCAACUGGAAAGCGGCAGGUCAGACAGUGAAGGGAGGGAAGUCCAAGGUGCCAGAGGACGGCGAUCAGACAGAUGGCAUGAUGAGCAUGGUCUCCAUGUCGUCGUCUGAGACCACGCUGGGCGGCCUGAUGAGCCUCUCCAACCCUCUCUCUUCAUCUUCCUCCUCCAUGGCUCCCAUACUACUAGAGCUCAAGUCGACCCUUGGCAGUGGUUCCGACCAGCCCAGCCACGCCGAGCUGCACGCCCCGGCCAAGGUGUCACUGAGCGAGUACCGGGCCAAGCACGCUGACGUCCUGGCUGCUCAGAAGAGGAAGCUGGAGAACAUGGAGGCCAGCGUGAAGAGGGAGUACGCCACGGCAGCCCAGGCUCUGAUAGGCCAGCAGCAGAGGAAGGAGAAGCACCACCGUGACCAGCAGCAAUCCAGCUCCCACCAUUCCAGCUCGGCCUCCUCUGACCUCAGCAACCCCUCGCCCAUCAUCCUCAAGAUCCCCCUGGAAAAGGAGAGGGGCGAGCGCAGCUCCCUGAAGAUGCGCCUCCCUCUGGGGUCUGGGGGAGGUGUGGGGCACAGUGGAGGAGGGAACAGAGGAGCAGGAGGAGAAAAGGACAUCAAAGUGAGAAUUCGGGUGCCUGAGAAAGUACGCAGUGGAGGCUCGGGAGAGGAGGGGGGCAAGACUAGGGAGGGAAAGCACCGAGAACGUUCCAACCACCAUCAUCACCACCACCACCACCAUCAUUCAUCGUCAUCUUUUAGCGGUGCUUCUGUCUCUUCGUCCUCGUCUCAUAAACACUCAGCCAGUGCUGCUGGAGCUGUAGGAGGAAGCAGCAGCAAAAAAGCCCCCAGUGAUUCAUCUAGAAUGAGCUCCUCUUCCUCUGUGUCUCGAAAGAGGACACAUUCCACGGAGUCCCAGGGCUCCCACUCGUCCAAAGUCUCUAAGUCCUCCAGGAACUCAGCUCACCAGCUGCCUGCUCUUUUAGCUGCCUCUGGAGCACACUCCCUGGGGGCACACCCCACUGACAUCCUCCCCUCCCUGGGUCUCCCCUCCCUCCACCAGGGCAACUACUCUCACUCCAAGGGGGACAAGCCGGACACUAACGGACACAAUGCAGGUGUUGGCAGCCAGUCGAAUGAGUAUCAGGACACGUUUGAAAUGCUGAACUCUUUACUGAGUGCUCAGGGGGUGCAGCCUGCCCAGCCUCCCAUGUUUGAUUGCCGGUCUCAGUACGUGGAGUACAGAUACAGCGGCGGGUCUAGGGGGGGAUCUCGACCACCACCUCUGCCUGCUGAACCUCCACCUCCGCUACCCCCUCUACCCAAAUGAUCCCUGAUGAAGGGGUGAAUUACUGACAGUGUAUCUGUAGACGCAUCCAACCAUAUUACAUAAGAUAUUUGCUCUGUGAAUUUUGUCCCUUUUAUGUGUUUGUAUGGAUCAUGUUGUGGUUUUCAACUUGACAGCAAAGAAAUGUACUAAUACAUACUUUUCAGUGCUGAAGUGUCUCCCUCGUCACAUCAUAUUCAAUGCAUCUGUGGGGCAAUGACAGGAGGUGUGAAAGAAAAGCUUGCAAAAAUAUGAAACGAACAAAAUUAAUUAUUUAUUCACAAUGUAAAUACUUUAUCAUGAUAUGAACUCAAAUCAAAUUUUAUGGAAUGGCGGGCAUAAUAUUUGAGCCAUAGCUGUUUUUAAAAGAAAGUCAAACAUUACAUGUUUGAAUGCCUAUUAGAGGAAACAAACUUGUUUGCUUCACUUAUUACAUUUUCAAGUCUUGCUAACAAUUAGUCUUUUUCAGAAUGUUUUUGAAAUAUACUAUUUAUUAUUAGUAUUGAAUGCUUUUGAGGAAGUUUUUUUAUUUUAUUUUUUAAAUAUAUAUAUACUAACAGCCCCUUUCUGCUGUGUUGAACUGAAGGAUAGUUGAGUGCUCCUUACACAGGCCUAUUUCAGAAUGCAUGUCUUCAAAGCCAUCGUUUUCAAACACUUUGUUUGUUUCAUAAUACUGUAGUCACUGAGGGUUUUUUUGUCUCCGGUUUGUCAAUACUUUUGUUUUGUAAUCUCUGCAUUAUUUUGAACAAUUGUUUAAUAUUAAUAAUGUAAAUUCGUGAAAGUGAACAAAUAUUUUGUACAUUUUGGUAAGAACAAAGUUACUAAAAAUCCUGUAAAUUGAUACGGCUUAUAUUUUAGUUCCUAGAUUUGUGUGUUGCAGUCAUUGUUUUAAAUGGUUGUAAGAUGUUAACAGUCAAAUGCUUACACUAACAUUCAGAGUUUAUACUACAGUACAUGCACUGCAUGGCCAAAAGUAUGUGGACAUUCAUUCAAAUCACUGGAAUUUGCUGUUUCAGCCAUACCCGUUUCUGACGGGUGUAUAGAAUUGAGCACACAGCCAUGCAAUCUCCAUAUACAAACAUAAGCAGUAGACUGGGCCGUACUGAAGAGCACAGUGACUUUCAACGUGGCACUGUAAUAGGCUGCCACCUUUCCAAAAUGUCAAUUUUUCACAGUCAAAUUUCUGCCCUGCUAGAACUGCCCCAGUCAACCGUAAGUGAUGUUAUUGCGAAGUAGAAACAUCCUAGGAGCAAGAACACACAAGCUAACAAAACUGGACUGUCGAGUGCUGUAGCGGGUAAAAUAGUCUGUCCUCGGUUGCAACUCUUACUACUGAGUUCCAAACUGCCUCUGGAAGCAAUGUUAGCACAAGUGUUUGUUGGGAGCUUCAUGAAAUGGGUUUCCAUGGCCAAGCAGCCGCACACAAGCCUAAGCUCACCAUGCGCAAUGCCAAGCGUCGGCUGGAGUGGUAUAAAGCAUGCUGUCAUUGGACUCUGGAGCAGUGGAAGCAUUCUCUGGAGUGAUGAAUCGCACUUCACCAGCUGGCAGACCAACAGACAAAUCUGGGUUUGGCAGAUACCAGAAGAACGCUACCUGCCUGAAUGCAUAGUGCCAACUAAAGUUUGGUGGAGGAGCAAUAAUGGUCUGGGCCUGUUUUUCAUGGUUGAGGCUAGGACCCUUAGUUCCAGUGAAGGGAAAUUAACGCUACAGCAUACAAUGGCAUUCUAGACUGUUCUGUGCAUCAAACUUUGUGGCAACAGAUUGGGGAAGGUCCUUACCUGUUUCAGCAUGACAAUGCCACCGUGUACAAAGCGAGAUCCAUACAGAAAUGGUUUUCGAGAUCGGUGUGGAAUAACUUGACUGGCCUGCACAGAGCCCUGACUUCAACUCCCAUCGAACACCUUUGGGAUGAAUUGGAAGGCCGAUUGGGAGCCAGGCCUAAUCGCACAACAGUGCUUGACCUCACUAAUGCUCUUGUGGCUGAAUGGAAGCAAGUCCCCGCAGCAAUGUUCCAGCAUCUAGUGGAAAGCUUUCACUGAAGAGUGGAGGCUGUCAUAGCAGGAAAGGGUGGACCAACUCCAUAUUAAUGCCAAUGAUUUUGGAAUGAGAUGUUCGACAAGCAGGUGUCCACAUACUUUUGGCCAUGUAGUGUAUCUACAUAUUCAUAUACAAACCACAGCAGUGUCAAUCAUUUUGAUAAUGGACUGAUUGUCUUUUUUAGUGUUUUGAACAGAAUUAAGUGUUACUUUUACUGUUUUAACAGUAACUGAAGUCUUCACUUAUUUGAAUUGAACUGAAAUUCCCAUUUUGGGCGAGUUUAGUAAGGGGUGUAUUCUUUGUCUAUAUUAUUUAGGUAAUACAGCAGUUUUUUUCUGUUUUGUUUGUGGAGAUUACACAUGCUUAACUGAGAGACUAGAGGAUUUAACUUUUAUUUUUUUUAUCUCUCGUACCACUGUCAACCAUCCUUGUCAGGAUUUAAUUUCUGUGUAAAGGACUUGUUCAAUUAAGAUGAUAAUAAUCGUCCCCUUUAUGUCCAGUUAUGCUGUUUGUCAUGUUUAUUGGUCAUAAACUGGUAUUCUCUCUCAUUUAAUCAUGUGUUGGGAAUCAUCUUUAAGAUUGUGAUAGUGGAAAUGAAGUGGGCUAUAACUUAGCUCUGACAUGUUUCAGACAUUUUUAUCAGAACUCUCUUGGUCCAAUAAGCUGCCAAUGGAUAGAUUCAUUUUUUGGAUAUCAUGUAACACAGCUGUAGCAUACUGAUUUGAUCAUGUGGUGUUCCUGCUGUUUGUUUUUGUAUAUAAAGGAAAGAGUUGUCAUUAUUCUGGGGGCUGUUUUCUAUUACUUUAACUGACCCAUGAUGGAAAUACAUUUCUGCUGUUUCCAAGGCUACAUAAAAUGGCCUAAGUCUGCCAAGUUUCUACAGUACUUGAGUACAACCAUUGAUUUUUGUCACUCAGGUAAGCCUUUAUGAUGAUAUGAAGAGAAACAUGGAUAUGCUUCAAAAUGCACUGAAACGUUAUCCCAUCAGGAUUGUCUAACAAACAUAGCUUCUUUUGUUAAAAACUGAGGAAAUUAUCACUUGUAUUACUAGGAACAGUACGCUUCCAUUCUGUUUUAUUUUAUAUAAUAAGAUACUCAUUAGUACUAAAUUAAGCUAAGUAUUAUUGGACUUGAACUGAUACAUGGAUGACUGUAUGCAAUAUAUCUUGUGCGAGUGCUUGUUUAACAAGAACGACCACAAAAUGAAGCUGAAAUUCUGAAAAUAGAUGGAAGACACUCAAGCAACCAAAUGCAAAAUCACAUUGCUACUCCUUUGUACUUCAUUAACUGCUCAAAGGUUGUAUCUGUCUGUACACAUUGUCACGUCUUAAUGUUUUAGUUGUACCACAACUCAGGUCUGUAAUUGACAUUUUUGGGAUAUAUAUUGUUUAAAAUAACUAAAGGUAUGUUCUUUUGUUGUGAACAAAGUUCAUUUUUUAAAUGUGGUUGAUAUAAUCCCAUGUCAAUAAAUGUUUAAGAAAAAACA